CUUGCUGUGCAAGCCAAGCCUUCAACCUCCCUCUCCCUUCAAGCAUUCAACAUCUUCAUCCCAAGCUUCUGAGUUUGUCUGGAAUUCUUUCUAGUUGUGGGUUUCUAAAGUGGUAAUUACUAAUUUCAAACUCCAUUCAAGAUUUUUUUUAUUUUUUAUUUUUUUUUGAUUUUUUGCAAACCCUUCAGAUUAAUUCUUUUAUUGACUUUGUGACUUUUGAAAAGGCAGAUUUCUUGUUUUUAUCUCACCUUUUUAAUUUCUUUGCUUUUCUUUUUGCGGUCGCACCUGAAUUUGUCUUCGUUCCUUGUUCUUUAACAUUCUUUGUAGAAACCAACAAGUUUUCUACCCUUUUGUUUCUGCUGCAUACUUGACAAAAUAAAAAAAUAAAACUGCCCAUACACUUUUCAAUCAUAUGAGAUGACUUCUAGAUUUCACAUCUGAAACAUUCCCACCAUCGAAGUCAACAAAUAGUGCUAAAAAAAAAAAAAUAGAAUUGCAUUCAUUUUUUGUUUAAUUAGUUGAAAGAAAACAACACCCCCACACCCCACACCCCCCACAUAUAGCAAUUUUAAGCAAAUGGCAGACUUGGAGGAAGUGGAUCUUGGAACAAAAUCCAGGCCAGAUUUGUCCCAGGAGCCUUCUUUUAGCAAUUUCACUAGAAAUUCGUCGACGGAGUCUGCCCAAGUCAUCCCCAUCAUAAUUAGUCCCCCAGAGAAAGAAACCAUCACACCAACAGAUUGGGCAGGUGGUGAGAUCAAUCCCCAGGAUGCUUGGCUCCCCAUCACAGAGUCUAGAAAAGGCAGCACAUAUUCUGCUAUAUAUCAUGUACUUGCUUCAGGCAUUGGACUUCAAGCCCUUCUCCUACCUAUUGCAUUUUCCACUUUCGGAUGGGUAUAUGGAACCAUAUUCUUGUCACUAGCAUUCUCAUGGCAGCUCUACACCCUAUGGCUCCUCGUGCAGCUGCAUGAAUCUGAAUCUGGAACUCGGUAUAGUCGAUACGUGCACCUUGCAGUGACUGCCUUUGGUCCAAAGCUAGGAAAGUUGCUAACUAUAUUCCCUGUGAUGUAUCUAUCAGGGGGUAUGUGUGUGCAGCUAAUUAUCAUAGGAGGUGGAACCAUACAGCUUUUGAUCAGAACAAUGUGCAAGGAUGGGGCAACCUGCAAUGCCAAGCCAUUGACUGGUACAGAAUGUUAUUUGGUGUUCAUGUGUAUGGCUAUUGUUGUGGCUCAAUGCUUUCCCAACUUGAACUCCAUAGCUAGAGUCUCAUUUAUUGGAACCAUCACAGCCAUUGUAUAUUGUACCAUGAUUUGGGCUCUUUCGAUCGGCAAGGGCAGGCCCCGUGACAUAUCGUACGACCCUCUUCCUCUGGAGUCCACCAUCGCUACAUACGGCAGUAUACUGAAUGCACUUGGUAUAAUUUUUCUUGCAUUCAGAGGUCACAAUGUCAUCCUGGAGAUUCAGGGGACAUUGCCAUCAAGUCCAAAACACCCUUCUCAUAAGAGAAUGUGGAGUGGAGUUACAAUGUCUUAUGGGCUCAUAGCCAUGUGUUUGUUUCCUCUGGCCAUAGGUGGAUAUUGGGCUUAUGGAAACAAGGAACCCUUUAGUAAUGGAGCUAUACUAAAAGCAAUUUCACAAUUCCAUGGACAUAACACAUCACAAUAUGUGCUAGGACUAAUUUACAUAAUAAUCGUGAUUAACUGCUUAACGACAUACCAAAUAUACGGCAUGGUAGUUUUCGACAACAUGGAGAUACGGUACACCAGUAGAAAGAAAGAGAGAUGCCCAAGAUGGCUUCGCAUAGUUAUUCGCCUUUUGUUCGGAGGAUUGACAUUCUUUAUAGCAGUGGCAUUUCCAUUUCUAGGAAGCCUAUCACCUCUAAUUGGAGGGUUCACAUCAGUACCCUUGACAUAUGCUUAUCCAUGUUUCAUGUGGAUUGCAAUUAAGAAACCAUGUCUACAUGGUGGAAUGUGGUGUACCAACGUUGCACUCGGAUGCUUUGGCCUGUUUUUGAGCCUUCUUUUUGUUGCUGCAGCAGCUUGGAAUUUAGCUGUUAAUGGCCUAAAUGCCAACUUCUUCAAGCCUUAAUCACAAUUAAUUUCCAAACAAAA